AUGGCCAACCAGAUACGAGAGGUCUGGGCCGAGAAUCUCGAGGUGGAGAUGGUCAAUCUCAGAGACAUGGUAGAAAGAUAUCCUUACGUCGCGAUGGAUACCGAAUUUCCCGGCAUCGUAGCCAGGCCAAUCGGUACCUUUAAAGGCUCCUCUGACUACCACUACCAGACACUGAGGUGCAACGUUGACCUCCUCAGACUCAUCCAGCUUGGUAUAACAUUGUCUGACGAGAAUGGUAGAUACCCAUCCGGCGUCAGUACCUGGCAGUUCAAUUUCAGAUUUAGCACCCAUGAAGACAUGUGCGCGCCGGAGUCGCUCGAGCUCCUGAACAAAGCUGGCCUGGAUUUUGACAGGCACGAAAGAUUAGGCAUCGACGUGGAAUACUUCGGCGAGCUGUUGAUCACGAGCGGAUUGGCCCUCUUCGAUCAGGUCAAAUGGGUCUCGUUCCACAGCGGCUACGACUUCGGUUACCUUGUCAAAGUCGUCUCGUGUGCACCCCUGCCGUCCACUGAAGCAGAGUUCUUUCAACUUCUCCGCAUCUGGUUCCCAAGCAUAUACGACAUCAAGUAUCUCAUGAGGUCCUGCAAAAAUCUCAAGGGUGGUCUGCAAGACGUUGCUGAGGAACUCGGCGUGGCAAGAAUAGGGCAGCAACAUCAAGCUGGAAGCGAUUCGCUUCUGACUGCAGCUACAUUCUUCAAACUGCGCUCCAGAUUUUUCGAAGGAGUGAUAGACGACGCCAAAUUCAUCGCAAGUAGCAGAAUGCCGGCUCUUGGCUCUGCAAAUUCUUCUAAUAACGCCCCUUUACCGCCGUCUCGAGACGUCACUGCAGGGGGGCUGUAG